AUAAAAUCCCCGGUCUGAAGGACGCAAAGCGGGUCGAGGAGCUGCAGAACAAAGUCCUCUGUUGUCUCCGGGACCACCUGGGCUCCGGUUCGUCGUCGUCCUCGUGCAAGGCCGCCCCUCCCCUGAGUCACGUCCUGGGCCUGAGGGCCGAGCUACGUUCUCAGAGGACCCAGGGCCUUCAGCGCAUCUUCUACCUGAAGCUGGAGGACCUGGUCCCGCCUCCGCCGUCGAUCGACAGAUUCCUGGACACUGUGCCGUACUGAGCACCUGGGCCGGACACGCUGAGGAAAACAAAACAAAAAACAAGAAUCAUCCCCUCCCCCGAGGAACACGCACCCACACCUGGAGGAGAGGCUGGUGACGGCCGAGAGAGAGAGAGCUGAAAACUGAAACAGCUCCUCGCUCGGCGGGACAAGCAAACGAUAAAGCCUUCAACUCAGACGGCUGACAAAAUUAUUUUCACCUGUAUAAAAGACACUUUUACCACCUUUUAUUUGAUUCUGGAGAUUUUCCUGUUGUGGGCGGGAGGGGCAGCAUAAUGAGGCUGAGAUGGACACCAGAAAAAUGUCUCUCCCUCUGUUUAGGUGGCAGCUCGUUUUGCAAAAAAAAAAAAGAAAAAAAAAAGACAAAAA